GCGUGCGUGCGUGUUUGCGUGUGGUCACAGUUCCCGCCAUCAGCCGCUCUCCCUGACUUGGGGGAGCGAGCGGCCCCUCUCUUUCGUGCCCGGUGUCCCUUCCUUCCUAACCCCCGGCUCCUCCCCCUCCGUGCGGACUCCGUGCUUCCGGCAGGCCUGUCCGAGGCCCCGGACUCGCAGGCACAGCUGAGUUGAUGGCUCCCGGAGAACUGGCAUAGCUGCAGAAUAUGAGUAGUUCCCCAAGAAGAGCGCAUUGCCUUUGGCACAAGGAUCAGAAUAAAGUUAUUCUUAGCUGUUUGAUGUACAGCACCUAGAGGCCUCGAACUAGGAUUCCCCAGGCUGUAUUCUACCUACAGAAUCUGUCAGGUGAAGGUAUAUUUUUUUCUUUUUAAUUUGGCUAGAAGCAAUUUAUUUUUAAAGAAAGUAUGUCUCCUCUGAAGAUACAUGGUCCUAUCAGAAUUCGAAGUAUGCAGACUGGGAUUACAAAAUGGAAAGAAGGAUCCUUUGAAGUUGUGGAAAAAGAGAAUAAAGUCAGCCUAGUAGUUCACUACAAUACUGGAGGAAUUCCAAGGAUAUUUCAGCUAAGUCAUAACAUUAAAAAUGUGGUGCUUCGACCCAGUGGAGCAAAACAAAGCCGCCUAAUGUUAACUCUACAAGAUAACAGCUUCUUGUCUAUUGAUAAAGUACCAAGUAAGGAUGCAGAGGAAAUGAGGUUGUUUCUAGAUGCAGUUCAUCAAAACAGACUUAAUGCAGCCAUGAAACCUUCUCAGGGUUCUGGUAGUUUUGGAGCUAUUCUGGGCAGCAGGACCUCACAGAAGGAAACCAACAGGCAGCUCUCUUACUCAGACAAUCAGGUCUCUUCAAAAAGAGGAAGUUUGGAAACUAAAGAUGAUAUUCCAUUUCGAAAAGUUCUUGGUAAUCCAGGUAGAGGAUCGAUUAAGGCCACAGCAGGAAGUGGAGUAACUGCUACCCGGACAGUUCCCUCUUUGACAUCUACAUCCACACCUCUUAGAUCAGGGUUAUUAGAAAAUAGGACUGAAAAGAGGAAAAGAAUGCUAUCAUCUGGCUCAGAGCUGAAUGAAGAUUACCCUAAAGAAAACGAUUCAUCGUCGAACAACAAGGCUAUGACAGAUCCUUCAAGAAAGUAUUUAACCAGCAGUAGAGAGAAGCAGCUGAGUUUGAAACAGUCAGAAGAGAAUAGGACAUCAGGGCUUUUACCUUUGCAGUCAUCAUCUUUUUAUGGUAGCAGAGCUGCAUCCAAGGACUACUCUCCUGGCAGCACUAACCUAGACAGGACUAAUAUUUCAAGCCAAACUCCCUCUGCCAAAAGAAGUUUGGGAUUUCUUCCUCAGCCAGCUCCUCUUUCUGUUAAAAAACUGAGGUGUAACCAGGAUUACACCGGCUGGAACAAACCAAGAGUGCCCCUUUCCUCUCACCAACAGCAGCAACUACAGGGCUUCUCCAAUUUGGGAAAUACCUGCUAUAUGAAUGCUAUUUUACAGUCUCUGUUUUCACUCCAAUCCUUUGCAAAUGACUUGCUCAAGCAAGGUAUCCCAUGGAAGAAAAUUCCACUCAAUGCACUUAUCAGGCGCUUUGCACACUUGCUUGUUAAAAAAGAUAUCUGUAAUUCAGAGACGAAAAAAGAUUUACUCAAGAAGGUUAAAAAUGCCAUUUCAGCUACAGCAGAGAGAUUCUCUGGUUAUAUGCAGAAUGACGCUCAUGAAUUUUUAAGUCAGUGCUUAGACCAGCUGAAAGAGGAUAUGGAAAAAUUAAAUAAAACUUGGAAGACUGAACCUGUUCCUGGAGAAGAAAAUUCACCAGAUAUUUCAGCUACUAGAGUAUACACUUGCCCUGUUAUUACUAAUUUGGAGUUUGAAGUUCAGCACUCCAUCAUCUGUAAAGCAUGUGGAGAGAUUAUUCCCAAAAGAGAACAGUUUAAUGACCUCUCCAUUGACCUUCCUCGAAGGAAAAAGCCACUCCCUCCUCGUUCAAUUCAAGAUUCCCUUGAUCUUUUCUUUAGGGCAGAAGAACUUGAGUAUUCCUGUGAGAAGUGUGGUGGGAAAUGUGCUGUUGUCAGACACAAAUUUAACAGGCUACCCAGGAUCCUCAUUCUUCAUUUGAAACGAUAUAGCUUCAAUGUUGCUCUCUCACUUAACAACAAGAUUGGGCAGCAAGUCAUCAUUCCAAGAUACCUGACCCUAUCAUCUCAUUGCACUGAAAAUACAAAACCACCCUUCAACCUUGGUUGGAGUGCACAAAUGGCAAUUUCUAGACCAUUGAAAGCCUCUCAAAUGGUGAAUUCCUGCAUCACCAGCCCUUCUACACCUUCAAAGAAUUUCACCUUCAAAUCCAAGAACUCCUUGACUUUAUGCCUUGAUUCAGACAGUGAAGAUGAGCUUAAACGCUCUGUGGCCCUUAGCCAGAGACUUUGUGAAAUGUCAGGCAGUGAACGGCAGCGGGAAGACCUGGAAAAGGAUUCAAAAUCUUGCAGACUAGAACCUGAUAAGUCUGAAUUGGAAAACUCAGGAUUUGACGGAAUGAGUGAAGAAGAGCUUCUCGCAGCUGUUUUAGAGAUAAGUAAAAGAGAAGCUUCACCAUCUCUCAGUCAUGAAGAUGAUGAUAAACCAACCAGCAGCCCUGAUACCGGAUUUGCAGAAGAUGAUAUUCAAGAAAUGCCUGAAAAUCCAGACCCUGUGGAAACUGAGAAGCCAAAAACAGUCACAGAGCCCGAUCCUGCCAGUUUUACCGAGAUAACUAAAGACUGUGAUGAGAAUAAAGAAAACAAAACUCCAGAAGGAUCUCAAGGAGAGGUUGAUUGGCUCCAGCAGUAUGAUAUGGAGCGUGAGAGGGAGGAACAAGAGCUUCAGCAGGCAUUGGCUCAGAGCCUUCAAGAGCAAGAGGCUUGGGAACAGAAAGAAGAUGAUGACCUCAAAAGAGCUACAGAGUUAAGUCUUCAAGAGUUUAACAACUCUUUUCUGGAUUCAUUGGGCUCUGAUGAGGACUCUGGAAAUGAGGAUGUUUUAGAUAUGGAGUAUACAGAAGCUGAAGCUGAGGAACUGAAAAGAAAUGCGGAGACAGGAAAUCUUCCUCAUUCCUAUCGGCUCAUCAGCGUUGUCAGUCACAUUGGUAGCACUUCUUCUUCAGGUCAUUACAUUAGUGAUGUGUACGACAUUAAGAAGCAGGCUUGGUUUACUUAUAAUGACCUAGAGGUAUCUAAAAUCCAAGAGGCUUCUGUGCAGAGUGAUCGAGAUCGAAGUGGUUACAUCUUCUUUUAUAUGCACAAGGAGAUCUUUGAUGAGCUGCUGGAAACAGAAAAGACCUCUCAGGCACUUAGCAUGGAAGUGGGAAAGACCACUCGUCAGGCUUCAUGAGGAACAAACUCCUGGGUUGGCAGUGUGCACUGCAUAUUCUCUCUUACUGCCACCCCCUUCUCUUUCCUCUGCCCGAGGAGAAUUUAGA